UACUUUUUCUAUUGUUCUCUGCCCUGCUGAAACGCUCCUCUCUGGGCAGGAACUACAUUAUGCGCCCACCUCAUUUUUGCUGGGAUGGUAGCUUUGGGAAGACCGUAGGCUGCUAUGGAAAAUGAGGAAUCUCAGAAACUCUGGGGGUGGGAGAAUAGUUCCCCCUUCUCCCACCUGUAAUCAGAUGAGGCCCAUCUGAGUGACAGUGGCUGGCCUUCUCUCCCCUCCUAGAGGAUCUCCUUAGAGGUCUGGAUAACCAGGCAAGAUUCAGGCCAGGGUGACACUGUAAAUUUUCCAGAACCCUUGUGCAAUUCAGGUGUAGAGGGUGGAAGGUGUUCUUGGGUGCGAGUAACUACAGCUGCUGGAGUGUUUUUGCUAUUAACGACAGAAGUGCCUGUGUGUGCACCCUACCGCACCCCAGCCAUGGCCCCGGUCAGCAUCAACGAGCUCCCUGAGAACAUCCUGCUGGAGGUGUUCACGCACGUGCCCGCCCGCCAGCUGCUCCUGCGCUGUCGCCUGGUCUGCAGCCUCUGGCGAGACCUCAUCGACCUGGUGACCCUCUGGAAGCGCAAGUGCCUGCGUGAGGGCUUCAUCACCGAGGACGGGGACCAGCCUGUGGCCGACUGGAAGAUCUUCUACUUCCUACGCAGCCUCCACAGGAAUCUCCUGCGCAAUCCAUGUGCCGAAGACUUCAAGGUCCAGACUUCAUGGGUCUUGCUUGCCCCUCUCCGCCCAGUGUCUGCAAUGAUGCCUUCACAUAGCAGAGGAUAUGGCUUCCUGGCAGAUCGAUUCCAACGGCGGAGACCGCUGGAAGGUGGAGAGCCUCCCCGGAGACCACGGGACAGACUUUCCCGACUCCAGAGUCAAGAAGUACUUUGUCACAUCUUUUGGGAAUACGAGUCCACCAAGGUGCCCUCUUUGGGACCCUUGGACUGGGGUCACAUGCCACCGAGGCACAGGAUGUGCCUCAAGUCCCAGCUGGUGGACCUCAAGGCCGAGGGCUACGGGGAGGAGCUGCUAGACACGUUUCGGCCCGACAUCGUGGUUAAGGACUGGUUCGCCGCCAGAGCAGACUGUGGCUGUACCUACCACAUCCGCGUACAGCUGGCCUCAGCUGACUACAUCGUCCUGGCCUCCUUCGAGCCCCCGCCUGUGACCAUCGAUCAAUGGAACAAUGCCAAGUGGACGGAGGUCUCCUACACUUUCUCAGAUUACCCUCCAGGCGUCCGCCACAUCCUCUUCCAGCACGGGGGCAAGGACACCCAGUUCUGGGCAGGCUGGUAUGGGCCCCGCGUCACCAACAGCAGCAUCGUCAUCAGCCCGAAGAUGACUAGGAACCUGGCCCCCUGCACAGCUCUGCCUGAGACCACAGAGGGGUAGGAGAAGGUUGUCUGCCUGCCCUCCUUCCCUCACCUCAGAAGGCCCUUCUGACAGCCCGUCAUUUGAUAGCCAUUCAUCCGUCCUCUGUCUGGGCCAACUGACUGCCAAAGGUCUCCUCCGGCGGAGCGUGUAGCCGGCAGCGAGGGCCCCUGCCCCUGGAGCUCCUGCCCCAGUUCCGACCUUGGGGAAACCCACCAGUUUGUGGGAGCCCCCAGUCAUGUGCUCUGACAUUUUCUCACAAUAAAUGUUUUCCGUAAAACCA